ACCACGAUUGUGAGCUUGAAGAGCAUGGCACCCUAAAUUAUUAUAUCUGAGCCUCUUUUCUGGUCACGAGAACGCUGCAUUUCCUGAAAAAGUACAAUCUUCUAUCACGAGGCGAAGUUUCGGACCGUUCAAUAGAAAUUUAAAGGUCUCUCAGCGAUCGCAUUGUUACUCUGAUACUCCCACUCCAUUUUGUGCAUUUCACUGGUCAUGGCCUCGAUUGUUUUGAAGAGAACUCAACAGAAGAUGCCCGUGGUUGGCUUCGGGCUCUGGAAGGUAACCAAGUCCACGUGUGCUGAUACCGUAUACAAUGCGAUUAAAGCGGGAUAUCGUCUUCUUGAUGGUGCCGGUGACUACGGAAACGAGAAGGAGGCAGGUGAGGGUGUGCGUCGAGCCAUUGCGGACGGCCUCGUCAAGCGGGAGGACCUGUUCAUUACGUCCAAGCUAUGGAACACUUUCCAUGCCCAUGAUCAUGUCAAACAAAUCACUAAGAUGCAACUUGGCCUCUGGGGAAUUGACUACUUCGACUUGUUCCUCGUCCACUUCCCCAUCGCACUGAAAUAUGUCGAUCCCAGCCACCGCUAUCCCCCUGAGUGGUUCGGCGAUGAUGGCAAGGUCUAUACCCAAAACACCCCUAUGCACGAGACUUGGAGUGCAAUGGAGGAGCUCGUUGAUGAAAAACUGACGAAAAAUAUUGGUCUGAGUAACUGCCAGGGAUCUUUAAUCCUUGACGUUCUUCGGUAUGCCAAGUACGAACCCCAGGUAUUGCAGGUUGAGCUGCACCCAUACCUUACCCAAGAAGCUCUCGUCAAACUCUGCAAGGUGUUCAGCAUUGCCGUGACUGCCUACUCGUCGUUUGGGCCCCAAUCUUAUGUCGAACUUGGUGUUGACAAGGGUGCUCCUUCGCUCCUCAAGCACAACGUCACUUCCACUACGGCCAAGACGCACGGAAAGACCGAGGCUCAGGUUUUACUGCGUUGGGCUACGCAACGAGGGAUUGCCGUCAUUCCAAAGUCCAACGAUCUUGGCAGAUUGUCAGCAAACUUGGACUGCAACUCUUUCGACCUCUCGGAAUCCGAGCUUGCAGCCUUGAGUGCACUGAAUAUUAACCUCAGGUUGAAUGACCCCGCUGACAUCGAUGGUCGCUUGGCCAUCUUCGCAUAAAGGCGUGACGGAUAGAAGUGUAGAACGAGUGUACAAUGAAUGAAUACUACUGUCCAGAAUACUCGAGAACUGAGAAGAUGGAUCUUAUUGCAUGCGCAGUGACCUUGUAGCUGUGCGGCCGCAGGGGCCGCAGCACCGUCGGAGUUUCAAAGCGGCUUUA